UAUUAGAUAAUUAUAUUGAUUCAUAAGAGAAAUCUCCACCCACCCCGGGCACCGGGCCCUGCAAAACGAACUCCACCAAUUUUAUGAAAAGGAGGAAAUUGUAUCAAUGGCUUUUCUUGAAACAUUGUUGCAAAUAUUUGCGGAGUAAAUGACAAUUAUGCCAGGUUGCCCCACUGAGAUCUAUGUAUUAGGCUAUGUUUGUUUUAUUGUGCAUCUAAAAACAACCGCGAAUCGUUUUAACAGGAUGUGGGUUUGUCCUAAAACAAAUGUCCCGUCAUUCACCGCGGUAAUAAUUUUUACCAACACUCAUGAUACACAAACAUUAACACAUCAUCGAAGUGCGAGAUCUGAUGGUAGGGAUUCGCCACCAAUGUGUACUUUAGACUAUUUUCAUGUAGGCCAAGGGAGAGCAGCUACCAUGGCUCCACGUAUGGAAUAUGUCAUGCAACUAUGCUGUGACCUGUCUGCAAAUCAGCAGAUAAAAGCAGCAGUGAAGAAUUCUGGGAAAGGAUCAGCAGUGGCAGGAGGGACUGCAUUUUUAGGGGGUCUUCUAGGUGGUCCCCCAGGGAUUGCUGUUGGUGGUGCAUUAGGUGGCCUGUUGGGAUGGUGGAUGACCAGUGGACAGUUCAGACCUCUCCCUCAGAUCAUCAUGGAGCUGCCUCCCCACCAGAAGCAGAGACUCUAUGCUGAUAUCAUGGCCGUUUUGGGCUCACUGGACUGGACAGACCUGGCCCAGCUGACCGCCCUGGUCGUGGGGAAUGCUACUCUCCAGCAGCAGGUCACUGCUGCCCUACUCCGGUAUAUCACAAAGGAACUGAGAGCAGAGGUGAGAUAUGGGGACUGAUCUACACAGACUCAAUAUCUGGAGGAACUCCUUAGAACAUUUGUACUCAGAUUUAACUCAAGCUUAUUCCUGGAGACUGAAAUAACCUUUUAUACUGUAGGUUCACUGAAAGAGGCCUUAUGAGAGUUACAUUGAGACUCAUGUCAGACCUGUCAUGUUACCUAAUAUCUGAUCAUGUCCAUUUAAUAUCCUUUGACGAAGCGCUUAAAUGACAUUUACGCCACUUUUUUUAACGUCAUUUACAUUAUGCCCAGCUCAAUACCAGUGUCUGCAUAUGUGAAAACGGCACAUUUCUACAAAACAAAUAUAAAGUUAAAAGUUCUACCCAAUGACGUCAUCAAAAGUAAAACAUAUUUAAAAACCGUGCUUUUCAGGCACUAGGAGAUUCCCAGUGAUGUGAGGAGCAAGAAAACACCCUCCCUCUGGCUAGAAACUUGUUGAAAACCACUGUUUUGAAAAUCACCGUUUUUUUUUUACUUUUAAUGCUACCAUGUGAUUGAUGUUACAGAGAAGCAUUUUUUUUUUUUUUGCACCUUAUCUUUUCAACCACAGAUCAUAGAAACUCGCUGUUUUCACAUACUGUGUGUAGACACUGUUAUGGUUUCGGAGAUAAUGAAUAUGAGGUGGAAGAGUGGCGGAAUUGCACUUUAAUGUACACGUUUGUUUUGUUUUAGUUGAGAAAUUGUUAUCUCUGUAUGAUUGAAACGUAUCUGAUACGAACAGUCCAGCAAUUAACCAGAAAGGUGUAACUUUAUUUGUAUUGUAGUGCAUAAUCGGUUGCCGAUAUUUUGCGCUGAAAUGUACACAUUGAAUAUUGUUGGUCAUUUAUAAUUGACAUGAUUUUGCAACAAAUGCAAGACAAUGAAAAAAAAGGACCCUGGUCACUCCUCUUGUAAGUGUGCCUGGGAUCUCAAGUGAUUCAUGCAAUGUGAAUAUUGUAAGAGAUGAGCACUUCGGAGAAACCGGCCUUGAUACUUCUGGCGCAUAAAAUGGUGAUAAGUGCCACCUAGUCCUAGAAUGAACUAAUUGGGAAAAUCUUGUAGUGCUCUUGUACUAAAGUGUUUGUAUGGAAAUCAUGAUAAAUGAAAUAAAGGACAACGGGGACAUGUAUGAUCACCAC